CCCGCCGGCAGCUCGGCGCUCCGCGGGGCCGCCCUCUGCCCUUGGCCGUCCUCGGCCCGCUCCGCCGCCCUCCGCCCGCCGUGACCCCGACGCGAGCCUGGCCGGGGGCUGCCGCUCCCUCAGUGCCCGGAGCUCCCGCCUCGAUGGAGUCCGAGCUGCUGCAGUCGCCCCUCCUGGGGCUGGGGGAGGAGGAUGAGUCGGACCUGACGGACUGGAAUCUGCCCCUGGCCUUCAUGAAGAAGAGGCACUGCGAGAAGAUCGAGGGUUCCAAGUCCUUGGCGCAGAGCUGGAGGAUGAAGGACCGGAUGAAGACUGUUAGUGUUGCCUUAGUUUUGUGCCUAAAUGUCGGCGUGGACCCUCCUGAUGUGGUGAAGACCACUCCGUGUGCCCGCCUGGAGUGCUGGAUAGAUCCUCUGUCAAUGGGUCCUCAGAAAGCUCUGGAAACCAUUGGUGCGAAUUUGCAGAAGCAGUAUGAAAACUGGCAGCCAAGAGCCAGGUACAAGCAGAGCCUGGAUCCGACGGUGGACGAGGUGAAGAAGCUGUGCACAUCCCUGCGGCGCAAUGCCAAGGAGGAGCGGGUGCUGUUCCACUACAAUGGGCAUGGUGUGCCCAGGCCGACGGUGAAUGGGGAGAUCUGGGUCUUCAACAAGAACUACACUCAGUAUAUUCCUCUGUCCAUAUACGACCUGCAGACUUGGAUGGGCAGUCCUUCCAUUUUCGUCUAUGAUUGCUCCAAUGCUGGCCUUAUUGUCAAGUCGUUCAAACAAUUUGCACUACAGAGGGAGCAAGAGCUGGAGGUGGCUGCAAUUAACCCAAACCAUCCUCUUGCUCAAAUGCCUUUGCCUCCAUCGAUGAAGAACUGCAUUCAGUUGGCAGCAUGUGAAGCUAAUGAAUUGCUCCCUAUGAUCCCCGAUCUGCCGGCCGACCUUUUCACAUCAUGCCUUACUACACCAAUCAAAAUUGCUCUGAGAUGGUUUUGUAUGCAGAAGAGUGUCAGACUGGUGCCAGGAGUCACGCUGGAUUUGAUAGAGAAGAUUCCUGGAAGACUGAAUGACAGGAGAACUCCUUUGGGAGAGCUGAACUGGAUCUUCACAGCCAUCACAGACACCAUUGCGUGGAACGUGUUGCCUAGAGAUCUUUUUCAGAAGCUCUUCAGGCAAGACCUGCUGGUGGCCAGUUUGUUUCGUAACUUUCUCUUGGCAGAAAGAAUUAUGAGAUCCUACAACUGUACCCCAGUCAGCAGCCCCCGCCUCCCCCCAACGUACAUGCAUGCAAUGUGGCAAGCGUGGGACCUUGCUGUUGAUAUUUGCCUUUCCCAAUUACCUACAAUUAUAGAGGAAGGAACUGCAUUUAGGCACAGCCCCUUCUUCGCAGAGCAGCUGACUGCAUUCCAGGUGUGGCUGACGAUGGGUGUGGAGAACCGCAACCCCCCCGAGCAGCUGCCCAUCGUCCUGCAGGUUCUGCUGAGUCAGGUGCAUCGGCUGCGAGCUCUGGAUCUGCUGGGAAGAUUUCUGGACCUGGGGCCCUGGGCAGUUAGCUUGGCGCUGUCUGUUGGCAUUUUCCCGUAUGUGCUGAAGCUGCUUCAAAGUUCAGCUCGUGAGCUGAGACCGCUUCUUGUCUUCAUCUGGGCCAAAAUUCUCGCAGUGGACAGUUCAUGUCAAGCUGACCUUGUGAAGGACAACGGUCACAAGUAUUUCCUUUCCGUUUUGGCAGAUCCUUACAUGCCAGCUGAACACAGGACAAUGACCGCUUUUAUUCUGGCUGUAAUUGUUAACAACUACAACACAGGACAGGAAGCCUGCCUUCAAGGAAACCUGAUUGCUAUUUGCCUGGAACAGUUGAACGAUCCGCAUCCUCUCCUGCGUCAGUGGGUGGCCAUUUGUUUGGGGCGUAUUUGGCAGAACUUUGACUCAGCCAGGUGGUGUGGUGUGAGAGACAGCGCUCAUGAAAAGCUCUACAGUCUCCUCUCUGAUCCAAUCCCAGAGGUUCGCUGUGCUGCCGUCUUUGCACUGGGAACAUUUGUGGGCAACUCAGCAGAACGGACCGACCACUCCACCACCAUCGACCACAACGUGGCCAUGAUGCUGGCCCAGCUCAUCAACGAUGGGAGCCCCAUGGUUCGGAAGGAGCUGGUGGUGGCUUUAAGUCACCUGGUGGUUCAGUAUGAGAGCAAUUUCUGCACUGUCGCCUUGCAGUUCAUGGAAGAAGAGAAGAAUUACCCUCUCCCUUCUCCAGCAGCCCCAGAGGGUGGGAGUUUGACACCAGUGCGAGAUGGUCCAUGCACACCUCGGCUGCGCUCUGUCAGCUCUUAUGGGAACAUCCGAGCAGUUACCACAGCCAGGAACCUGAACAAGUCCUUGCAGAACCUCAGUCUGAAUGAAGAAUCUGGAAGCUCUGUUGCGUUUUCUCCUGGGAAUCUCAGCACCAGCAGCAGUGCCAGCAGCACCUUGGGCAGCCCUGAGAACGAGGAGUACAUCCUGUCGUUUGAGACGAUUGACAAGAUGAGACGAGUCAGCUCUUACUCUUCUCUGAAUUCACUCAUAGGUGUGAGUUUCAACAGUGUUUAUACCCAAAUUUGGAGAGUGCUCCUUCACCUAGCUGCUGACCCCUAUCCCGACGUCUCUGACUUGGCAAUGAAAGUUCUCAACAGCAUUGCCUACAAGGCAACAGUCAAUGCUCGCCCCCAGCGCAUCCUGGACACGUCCUCACUGACGCAGUCGGCGCCUGCCAGCCCCACCAACAAGGGCAUGCACAUCCACCAAGUGGGAGGAUCACCUCCAACCACCAGCACAAGCAGCUCCAGCCUGACAAAUGAUGUGACAAAGCAACCAGUCAGCCGGGACAUCACGUCUGUGCGACCUGCCAACGUGGGCAACAUGGGGGUUCAGUACACUCCCCACUCCCACCAGUUCCCCAGAACAAGAAAAAUGUUUGACAAAGGGCCAGAGCAGACCACUGAUGAUGCUGAUGAUACCGUUGGACACAAAAGUUUCAUUUCAGCCACAGUGCAGACGGGGUUUUGUGACUGGAGUGCGAAGUACUUUGCUCAGCCUGUCAUGAAGAUCCCAGAGGAGCACGACCUGGAGAGCCAGAUCCGCAAAGAGAGGGAGUGGCGGUUCCUGCGCAACGCCCGGGUCAGGAAGCAAGCCCAGAAGAUCAUCCAGAAGGGCAUCUCCCGGCUGGAUGAUCAGAUCUUCCUCAACAGGAACCCCGGUGUGCCCUCUGUGGUGAAGUUCCAUCCCUUCACACCCUGCAUUGCUGUCGCCGACAAGGACAGUAUUUGUUUCUGGGACUGGGAGAAAGGAGAGAAAUUGGAUUAUUUCCACAAUGGGAACCCACGGUACACCAGGAUCACAGCCAUGGAGUACCUGAACGGGCAGGACUGCUCCUUGCUGCUGACUGCCACAGAUGACGGUGCCAUCAGAGUAUGGAAGAACUUUGCAGAUCUGGAGAAGAACCCUGAGAUGGUCACGGCGUGGCAGGGGCUGUCAGACAUGCUGCCAACUACACGAGGUCUGGCCCGAAGGGUUUCAAUCUAUCUUGACAGAAGUAAGCAGGGAGGAGCAGGAAUGGUGGUCGACUGGGAACAAGAGACUGGGCUGCUCAUGACCUCAGGAGAUGUGAGGAUAAUCCGCAUCUGGGACACAGACAGGGAAAUGAAAGUGCAGGACAUCCCCACUGGGGCAGACAGCUGUGUGACCAGCCUGUCGUGUGACUCCCAUCGGUCACUGAUCGUGGCAGGGCUGGGUGACGGCUCCAUCCGCGUGUUCGACCGGAGGAUGGCUCUGAGCGAAUGCCGUGUCAUGACCUACAGAGAGCACACAGCCUGGGUGGUGAAGGCGUACCUGCAGAAGCAUCCUGAAGGCAACAUCAUGAGCGUCAGUGUGAAUGGAGACGUGCGCUUCUUCGACCCCCGGAUGCCAGAGUCCAUGAAGGUCCUCCAGAUAGUCAAAGGGCUGACAGCCCUUGACAUUCACCCACAAGCCAACCUCUUUGCAUGUGGCUCAAUGAAUCAGUUCACUGCAAUCUACAAUGGAAACGGUGAGCUGAUCAACAAUAUCAAAUACUACGAUGGUUUUAUGGGACAAAGAGUUGGAGCCAUCAGCUGCCUGGCUUUCCAUCCUCACUGGCCUCACCUGGCAGUCGGGAGCAAUGACUACUACAUCUCUGUGUACUCGGUGGAGAAGCGGAUCAGAUAACGGCUCGUGGCAGCGCAGUCCCAGCAGGCAGUGCCUGCCUCACCCACGGUGUACAUAGCCAGAUUAUCGACUUGAAUGUUUCGUGUUGGCUGCUGCUGCAACCCGUAACUUGAACAUUUUGGUUCUGACUUAGCUACUGAUGAUUUGGGCGAGGGGGAAGAGAGACAAUCUCCUACUAUUAUUAUUGUUAUUAUUAUUUUUCAUCUGUAUCCUCUCAAAGCUGCAGAAAAAGGAAUAUUUUAUUUUUGUUUCCGGUGGUUGGCUUCUCUGUUAGAAACACAGCUCCUGAGCUUUGGAUGAGGCAGUACCCUCAAAGAAGGCUCUUUGUUUUGAUCUUUGCUUCCUCGUUUUGCUGGAGCAUCGUUCAGGACUGACGUCAGGACUCACUGCAGCUCUGAGAGUCCCAACUGACAGAGGGACCCCUCCAGUGCCACCGCCCUGUGCCAAACAGCCAGCCCUGGGCUGCCUGCCUGCAGAGCUGCACCGCUCCUGCACUGCCCAGGGUGGGCAGGGGAUGCAGGGUAAAAUCUUUGUUAUGUCACCCUUGUUCUCACGUGGUUUCCCUUCCCCUGGAAGAGAGAGAAGACCACAGGACAGAGAAGGAAGGCAGAGAUCCCGAGGAAUGGAGCCUGGGGAGAAGACAGGAGCAGGGCAGGAUGCCACCGCGCCGUAAGGUUGCACAUGCAGGACAAGAGGGAAGAAAGCAUGGCCAUCUCUGUCAUCCCAGCCCAUCUGGAGCAUGUCACUCAUGUAACCACUUCCCACCUGAGCACACGGCGCAGGCUGGGGUAUCUCAGUCACAGUUCUGCAGUCAUUUUUGCCCACAGUGAACUCUGCAAACACACGUGCAGAACUUCUGCCCAGCAGAGCUGAGAGGAGCCAAGCUCAAACCAAGGCUUUCCUCUCGUUCCACGUGCUGAAACUCAGCGAGGUGUUGGAUAUUUGCACACUGGAGGCUGCAUGUGUGCAGCACAGACAUGGUGUGUGCGUGGCUGUGGCUUGUCCGUGUCCCUGCAGCAUGGGGUGCAUAACCACAUGUGGUCUGAGCACAAAGGAAUCACUAAAGAGAGAGAGAGGACAGCAAGUCUUCCUGCUUGGAGCAAGCAGCUUUGUCCCAGCUCCCCAGGGAUCAGGCAGCUCUGUUAUCUGCACCUUCUGAGUCUGUAAUGAAUGUUUCUAUCCCUUAAAGCCCAGGCUGUGUCUGGAGAUCAGCGUGGGGAAGAGAUGGGCGAAGCCAAAAGGCAGGUUUCUUUCAAGUGCUGCUGAGGUGCAAUUUCCCUGGCCAAGAACGGGACUUGCACUGUGCAAAAAUCACUGUGGCCACAGAGGUUGACUUCCUAAACCCAAAGUCCCCAGGCUCCCUUCCAGCUGCACCAGUGGGUCUGCAGGCUCCCAGCACGCUGCCAGAGAUGAGGCGGACGGUGAUGGAGAGGAGAGAAAUGUUCCCUUACUGUGUGAAUGGCAGCUUCCCCUCUGCCACGGCUCUGACCCAGCGCUGCUCCCUGCACACCUGAUAAGUCGUUCCCUGUGUUUGAAGGCAGCUGGGUCGUGGAAUCUGCCCAGAGGCUCCACCAGGCUCACUGCAGGGAAGCUGCCCACUAAAUGCUGCAUGCACCUCUGGAUGCUCCUUGUGCUGAGCUUCCUUGAACUGCGUGGGCAGAGCAGUGCUGAGGGCUCAGUGCUGACCCCACGAAGGGCCCUGUGCAGGUCCAUGGCUCGAAGGCUUUAAACUAAAGGAAAAACUACCUAAAAGUCCACUUCUGAGUUACCUGAUGUUACUGAUGAUCUAACAGAGCUGUGCCUCCCGUGCCGGGGGCUCUGCGUAAUGGAUUAACAUACACAGCUUGAAAGCAAACAAUAGACUUUUUAACUUCUAUCAGUGUAUUUGUCAAAGGAGUGAGAACUGCCUGGCACGAGGGCACGUGGCCACCACCAGGUGGGUUUGUGGCUACUUGGCCUGGUGUGGCUUUCAUCCGAGCACGGUGUGUGUUGGUGGGGCUGCGUGUUCACAGCUGUGAUGCAGAGAUUCAAUCAUGGAGUUUAACCCGAGGGUCUGGAGAGCAUCCUACCUAAAAGUUCACUUAUCUCUAUUUAUUUUACAAAAAUUUAAAAUAUAUAUAUAUUAAAAAAAAAAGAAAAAAGAAAAAAACAAUAAACCCAACACACGAUUGUAAUGUGAGAGUCAAACAAUUACAGACAAAUAAAUGGUUAAUAAAAAAUAAAUGCAGAAA